CGUCCGUAUGACCACUCACAGGCAUUGAAUUCUCAGCUAAUCUUAUUUCGCUAUAGGCUACCAUUGCAGUAUAUAAGAACCAGCGUCUGUCGUUACCUCGCUCUUGUUCGUCUCCUUGGCCGGAAUGGACAAGCUACCUACAUACUCCGAGUCCCCGCCAGUCGACCUCCCUCGGCUGGCAAGAUGGAGGUUGAAGCACAGGAUGGCUCUCGCACUGUGUUUAUUAUCUGCAGGCAGCUUACUUUUAUCUCUGCCCCAGCUCGCAUUACUAGGAAAACAAUCCGUUCAGCUCCCCCUCCAUGCUGAGCAGAUACUGCAGAAAUGUCACAUGCUACACGCAAAGCCUGGCCCACCUUCCAACUUUCACCAACGCACAAAAUCUGAUCGUUUCGUCGAAGGAACCCGCGCAACUCUCAUUAGAAACGCGUCCAUUUGGACUGGAGAUCAUGAGAUCACGCAGGGUGAUAUCUUGCUCGACAAGGGUAUCAUCAAAUUUGUUGGACAUGCAAGCCCAAAUAUGUUCAACAAGUUCAAGGACUUGGUCACAUUGGAUGUAGGUGGAAGUUGGGUAACACCUGGUAUAGUCGACCUUCAUUCCCACCUAGGCGUAGACAGUGCCCCGGCCCUCUAUGGCGCAGACGACACCAACUCAUUGAAGGGUCCUGUCUUACCCUGGCUCCGCAGUCUCGAUGGGCUCAAUACGCACGACGAUGCCUACAGACUCAGCAUCUCCGGUGGCGUAACCACCGCAAAUGUCCUCCCUGGCUCUGCUAAUGCCAUUGGCGGCCAAGCUUUCGUUAUCAAGCUUCGCCCCACUGCAGAACGUUCUCCCUCGGCAAUGCUCCUGGAACCACCCUAUGCCCUCAAUGGCACGCACGUUGAUCCGAGCUUGCCUCCACGAUGGAGACAAAUGAAACACGCGUGCGGCGAAAAUCCCAGUCGUGUAUACGGUAAUACACGUAUGGACACUUUCUGGGCUUUCCGACAGGCAUAUGACACUGCUCGGCAGCUUAAAGAGCAACAGGACGUGUAUUGUACCCGUGCGCUGGCAGGCGAAUGGGAAGACCUUGGAGAAUUCCCGGACAACCUACAGUGGGAAGCGCUUGUUGAUGUGUUGCGCGGACGUGUCAAGAUUCACACGCAUUGCUACGAGGCGGUUGAUCUGGAUGAUUUUGUCCGUCUUACCAACGAAUUCCAAUUCCCCAUCGCUGCGUUCCACCACGCUCAUGAGACAUACCUCGUCCCAGGAACUCUCAAGCAGGCGUAUGGUCACACCCCUGCAGCAGCUUUGUUUGCUACAAACGCUCGGUACAAGCGUGAGGCGUACCGCGGGUCCGAAUUCGCUCCGCGUAUUCUGGCUGAGAACGGGAUCGACGUCGUGAUGAAGAGUGAUCACCCUGUUCUCAACUCCCGCUUCCUAUUAUAUGAGGCGCAGCAAGCGUUCAUGUACGGCCUUCAGGCGAACCUCGCUCUUGCAGCUGUCACGUCGACACCCGCGCGCAUCAUGGGGCAAGACCAUCGGAUUGGAUUCGUGCGUGAAGGGUAUGAUGCCGAUCUUGUCGUAUGGGAUAGCCACCCUCUCGCGCUGGGUGCAACGCCCCAACAGGUCUGGAUUGAUGGCAUUCCUCAAUUAUCUGAGCCCGCCAUCGCCUCUAAACCCGCGUCUUUCCAACAAGUCCCGCGUGCACCAAACUUCGAUCUCGAGGCUGAAGCGGCCCUCAAGUAUGAGGGACUCCCACCCCUGAUGCCAAAUAAGGCAAAAGAUGUAGUGGUGUUUGCUAAUAUAAGCACCAUGUUUGUGCCGGAUAGAAUGGGUGGUGUGAUGAGUGUGGCUAAUGUAGGAGAGGGGAGUGUGGUAGUCCUCAGGAAGGGUGUGGUGCGAUGCCGGGGUGCUGCAGCUGCUUGUGCGAACAUAUUUGCCUCUGAAGAUACUGAAUGGAUCGACCUGGAGGGCGGAUCCAUCGCUCCUGGCCUUAUCUCUUACGGCUCCCCGCUUGGUUUGGAAGAGAUUCAGGGCGAGAGGUCCACACACGAUGGCACUGUUUUCGACCCUCUCACCGGCUCUAUCCCAAGCAUUCUCGCCGGGAGCGAGCUCAUUAAGGCUGCGGAUGGUCUCCAGUUCGCUGGGCGUGACACACUGCUCGCCUAUCGCGCAGGUGUCACAGUAGGCGUCACCGCGCCAAGCUCGAAUGGACUCAUUGCGGGGCUAAGUACGGCGUUCGGCACUGGUGCAUCACACAGACUCGAGGAUGGGGCCGUCGUCCAAGAUGUUGCAGCACUGCAUGUGCAAAUUGGUCACUCAAACCGAGGACCGAGCGUCAGCACGCAAAUCGCGGCGCUAAGGAAUAUUCUGCUGAAUGAUGAGAGCAGCAGUACUAGGUUUUCUGAGGUUGCAAAGGGCGCAAUACCCCUGGUCGUGCAAGUUCAGAACGCAGAUAUCAUUGCCUCACUUAUUGAACUGAAGAAAGAGGUCAAGACGCGCACCGGCACCGAUAUUCGGCUCACUGUUGCAGGUGCUGCUGAGGCCCAUCUCCUUGCGAAGGAACUUGGUGAGGCGGGCGUCGGUGUCAUCCUUACACCGUCCCGUCCCUUCCCUGAUGAUUGGGAGUCGAAGAGGAUACUGCCUGGUCCGCCAUUGACCAAGGAGAGCGCUAUUACCACCCUCUUAGCUCAUGGUGUCACUGUUGGUAUCGGUAUCGUGGAGCAGUGGAGUGCUCGCAACACGCGCUUCGACAUAGCAUGGGCUGCUCUCGAGAGCGAUGACAAGAUCUCAAGGGAACAAGCUCUCGCACUUGCAUCAGUCAAUCUUGAGAAGCUGUUGGGAGUCAAGCCCUCUGGAGGACUCGGCGACUUGGUUGCAACCCGUGGCGGUACAAUCUUCGACCCCGAAGCGAAAGUCAUCGGCAUCAUCUCAGCUCGUAGGGGCCUCGUAGACCUAAUCUAGAUAGGGAUAGGAUAGCAGCAUGACAGCAUUCGAGAUAGCAAUACAGGGCGAGGAUGACACCACG